GACCAAAUGAGACAGAUAGAUCCCCCCGAGGACUUAGUCUAGUGCGUGGGGGACAUUCCCGAAGGCUUUGAGGAUGGGAGAGGGAGAAGAAGGCUUGAUCAGUUCCCUUUCUCCGCCGGGGUGAGGGGGGCGCGUGUAAACAGCGGCACGUGGACACAGAUUUGGGGUUCGCGUCCACGCCCCUUUCCACAGAGACCGCACCACUUGGGACAGCGGGCGGAGCCGCGGGACGGCGGCUAGGCAGGGUGACCCGACUGCAUUCCUGGCCGGUGUGUCAGCGCCACUUCCCGCCCCCUCUGCCGUGAUUUCGGAUCCUAUUCGAGAAUUGGGGCGUCCCCGUUUCUCAGGGUGUGAGCGGCUACCCAGAGCGGAAAGAGGGUCAGGGGAAGGGGACGCGUUCCUUCAGCCGGGGAUCACCAGGCAGUUCCCCAGCGUGGGCGAGACACCCGGGCGCCGCCCCUGCGGGCUCCGAACUACAAUUCCCAGAGGACGCGAGGAGGGGAGCCGCCCGACGUCCAUCGCGGAAGCUGCUGGGGAUUGUAGUCCCAGCCUACGACUUUGGACUCAGUUGCUGGGAAAAUCUGUAAAGAUCCAACCCAUCCUUUUUACCGACGGGGAGAUCGAGGCUCAGAGACUCGAGGGGAUACUGAUUUAGCGAGGCUCUCUUCUCGCCUUAGGGGCAGGGCAUGACUACAAGUCCCAAGGUGCUCGAGGCGACCCCUACUCCCCCUCCCCUCCGGGACCCGCCUCCCUCCAGCCGGAGUCACGUCGUCUAACCUGUUCCCGGCGCCUGCCCCGCCCCGUCCUGCGCUCCCCGCAGCAGGAGCCGGAGCCGGAGGAAGUCCCCCGGUGCCAGGAUCUCCCCGGGAUCCGCGCCCCGCUUCCGCCGGCACCAUGGACAGCGAGGCAUUCCAGAGCACGAGGGACCUUCUGGACCUGAACUUCCAGUCUCUGGCCAUGAAGCACAUGGACCUGAAGCAGAUGGAGCUGGACACAGCGGCGGCCAAGGUGGACGAACUGACCAAACAGCUGGAGUCGCUGUGGUCAGACUCGCCCACGCCUCCCGGCUCACAGGCUGGAGCCCCACCUAGGUUGUCCCGGUACAGCUCCAGCCCGGUCCCCGAGCCCUUCAGCAGCCGCGGGUCUCCCCGGAAGGUGGCCACCGACGGUGCAGACACCUCGUUCGGACGCUCCGAGAGCGCCCCGGCUUUGCACCCCUACAGCCCGCUGUCCCCUAAAGGCCGGCCCUCGUCACCGCGCACCCCGCUCUACCUGCAGCCGGAUUCCUACGGCAGCCUGGACCGCGCGCCCUCGCCCCGGCCCCGCCCCUUCGAUGGCACAGGCAGUUCCCUCGGCCGUGCGCCCUCCCCGCGGCCCGGAUCGGGCCCGCUCCGCCAGCAGGGUCCCCCCACGCCCUUCGACUUCCUGGGCCGCGCUGGUUCCCCGCGGGGCAGCCCCCUGGCCGAGGGGCCCCAGGCCUUCUUCCCCGAGCGCGGGCCCUCGCCACGCCCCCAGACUUCAGCCUACGAUGCGCCAGUGGCCUUUGGGAGCCCCCUCCUGGGCGCGGGCGGUAGCGCUUUCGCCCCACCUCUGCGCGCUCAAGACGACUUAACGCUGCGCCGGCGGCCCCCCAAAGCCUGGAAUGAGUCUGACCUGGACGUGGCAUACGAGAAGAAACCUUCACAGACAGCGAGCUACGAACGCCUGGACGUCUUCUCGCGGCCUGCUUCGCCAGGCCUGCAGCUGUUACCCUGGAGAGAGAGCAGCCUGGAUGGGCUGGGGGCCACCAGCAAGGACAACCUCACCAGCGCCACUCUGCCCCGCAAUUACAAGGUCUCGCCUCUGGCCAACGACAGGCGAUCUGAUGUGGGCAGCUACCGCAGAUCGCUGGGCUCCGCGGGGCCAUCAGGCACUUUGCCCCGCAGCUGGCAGCCUGUCAGCCGCAUCCCCAUGCCCCCUUCCAGCCCCCAGCCCCGCGGUGCCCCGCGCCAGCGCCCCAUCCCCCUCAGCAUGAUAUUCAAGCUGCAGAAUGCCUUCUGGGAGCAUGGGGCCAGCAGGGCCAUGCUCCCUGGCUCCCCCAUCUUCUCCCGAGCACCACCACCUAAGCUGCCUCCCCAGCCCCAGGCACCUCCUCAGCCCCAGCUGCCCCCUCAGCCCCAGCUUCCUCCCCAGCUUCAACCCCCUGCCCCGCAACCUCCCCAACAGACUUGGCCCCCUGUGAGCGAAGGCCUGCCCAAGCCUCCCCCUGAGCUGGAGCCCGAGCCGGAGCUCGAGGGGCUGCUACCGCCAGUGCUGGAGGCUGGUGACGCAGAUGAAGGCGCCGUAACCCGGCCCCUGAGCCCCACGAGGCUGCAGCCGGCACUGCCCCCCGAGGCUCAGUCAGUGCCCGAGCUGGAGGAGGUGGCGCGAGUGCUGGCGGAGAUACCGCGGCCCCUCAAACGGAGGGGCUCCAUGGAGCAGAGCCCGGCGGUAGCCCUGCCCCCCACCCACAAGAAGCAGUACCAGCAGAUCAUCAGCCGCCUCUUCCAUCGUCACGGCGGGCCUGGGGGGCCUGAGCCCGAACUGUCGCCCAUCAGUGAGGGAUCCGAAGCGAGGGCAGGGCCCCCUGCUCCUGCCCCACCGGCUCUCAUCCCACCCCUGCCCCUGCCCCAGAUCAGCCCACCAGAGCAGCUGCAGAGCAUGGUCUCAGGGGCCAAGAUCCUAUACUCACCAGAUUCCCUGACUGUCGAGAUGCGCUCGGUGCUGCGGAAGGCGGGCUCCCCGCGCAAGGUCCGCCGCGCGCGCCUCAACCCGCUUGUGCUCCUGCUGGACGCCGCGCUGACCGGGGAGCUGGACGUGGUGCAGCAGGCGGUGAAGGAGAUGAACGACCCGAGCCAGCCCAACGAGGAGGGCAUCACCGCCCUGCACAACGCCAUCUGCGGCGCCAAUUACCCCAUCGUGGACUUCCUCAUCGCGGCCGGCGCCAACGUCAACUCCCCCGACAGCCACGGCUGGACACCGUUGCACUGCGCGGCGUCGUGCAACGACACGGCCAUCUGCACGGCGCUGGUGCAGCAUGGCGCAGCAAUCUUCGCCACCACGCUCAGUGACGGAGCCACCGCCAUCGAGAAGUGCGACCCCUACCGCGAGGGUUACGCUGACUGCGCCACUUACCUGGCAGAUGUGGAGCAGAGCAUGGGGCUGAUGCACAACGGGGUGGUGUAUGCCCUCUGGGACUACAGCGCGGAGUUUGGGGACGAGCUGUCCUUCCGCGAGGGCGAGUCAGUCACCGUGCUGCGGAGGGACGGACCCGAGGAGACGGACUGGUGGUGGGCCUCUCUACAUGGCCAGGAGGGCUAUGUACCCCGUAACUACUUCGGGCUCUUUCCCAGGGUGAAGACUCAGAGGAAUAAGGUCUAGCUGCACAGAAGGACGUUGCCAAGGGAGGCAGGAGGGAGCAGCCUUGCCUUUGCCCCAGACCUCUCCCUCAGUAACUGCUGCAUCUCCUUGGGCCCCAAGCCUACAGGGUUGGGGUCCUCACCUCCAGCUCUCUGCUUCCCUGGAAGCCCAAGGAGAAGGAGAAGCUCAGCCUUGCAUUUAGAAACUGCCUUAGCCAUGGGAGAUCACCUUGAAGCUGGGAAUCAUUGGAGGCAAGAGACUCCCCCCAUCUUCCUCCAUUUGCCAAAUCAGAUCCCGUCCAAAGUGCCUCCCACUCCUACUGCCAACCCCUCCCACCCCUUCAAAACAAGCCAACACACCAUCCUAGGGGAGCCUGGGAUGUGUCACCUCCACUGGAUUUCCCUGGGAGUCACCUCUGCCCCCAUCUCUCCAGGGCUGGGUGAGACACACUGGUCUCCCAGCUCUCCCCAGUCAAGUGCCUUCACCCAGUGCUGGUUUUAUAACCAAAUGGGGACAUUUUCCCUUAUAAAUAAAGGUAGUUUGCACCAAAAUUGACUUCCCUCUCUUUGGAU